AUGCAGAAAGUGUCUAUUAGGUGUUUUUCUGAAUGUAGGGCACUUCUUGAAAGGUCCCAACCACGUUUUGUUAACACUUUCAAGGAGACUAUCAAGUCUGCACAAGAGAAAUCAUAUAGUAUUGUUAGGCCAAUCGGGUUAUCAAAACCAGUCUUACUUAACCACAACUUAUCAGAUACCUAUUCCAUAUCCAACAUCUACCAAGAGCUUUUUGGUGCAAAGGCCAAAGAAAGACGACAAAAGCAAUUGGAUUAUGAUUUGAAGCAUUCCCCGAUUUAUGAGUUAAAAUCGUUUCAAAAUACCAAGGGUAAGAUAUUCACUCCGCCAAUUUCAUACUUUAAAGCUGAAAAAUCGUUGUAUUUCCCUGAUUUUAUUGCUAAAACCUUAGCUGGAAAACUGAGAAGUUUAUAUGAUGCAUUUGGUAAUAAAACCAGCAUUGUUAAGAUAUUCUCAACUGUUGCUGGUGAGCAAUGUACCAAGUCAUAUUUCAAUGUCGAUGGCAAAGACUUGUACUCUAAAGAUUAUAAUGCAUUUACACAAGACUAUCCAAACUCUCAGAUAAUUGAUGUGAAUAUGCCUCAGAGUUGGAUCAAAGGGUUUGCAUUGAAUUUGGGAGCAGGGAACUUGAAGAAAAGUUUAAAUUCCAACGUGGAAAGAUAUGAUAAUUAUUUUAUGUUGCCUAGUCAUAUCAUGUCGUCUGAGAUCAGAGAACUGUUACAUUGUGAUAAUCAAACUACCGGCUAUAUAUAUAUUAUCGAUUCUAUGGGAAGAAUUAGGUGGGCCACCAGUGGGUAUGCUACACCAACAGAUUUGGCUUUGAUGUGGAAAGUAGUAAAAGGUUUAGAGAAAGAAAUAGCCUCGUAG